AUGAAGGAUAGAGUUGAUGGGAAAUAUCUAAAGCGUCACAAUGAAUCCACCUUCACUGGACAAACAGAAGCGGGGUGCAUUGUCAAGUGCUUGUUCUACAGUCCCAACCACUACUGUCAAUCAGUCAAUUAUUUCCCCGCGACUCAAACCUGCCUGACCAGCACGUCGACUCAUCAUCAACACCCAGAAGACCUUGUGUAUGACGCUGGAAGUGUGUACCUCGGGACCAAGAACGACUGCGUUGUUGGUUCAUGCCCAAGUAACCGAAUGUGCAAAGCUGACUUCGUGAAUGAAGGAUUUUCGUGCGUCUGUCCUAUUGAUACGCCGUCAUGCGACAAGCCCUGCUUUUCUAGCCCGUGCAGUAAUGCCAGUAUUUGUAACAACACACAAGACGGUAAAAACUAUACGUGCACUUGUUUGCCUGGAUACACGGGAAGACACUGUGAAAGAGUUAAUGAGAACUGUGCAACAAUUCUUUCUCGUGGUUCGAACACAAGCGGUGUGUAUACAGUGGAUCCUGACGGCAAAGGUGCAUUCCAGGUCUUCUGCGACCAGGAAACUUCCGGCGGGGGCUGGACUGUGUUCCAGAGACGCGAAGAUGGCUCAGUUGACUUCUAUCGAAACUGGACCGAGUACAAGCACGGGUUUGGUGACCUUCAGGGAGAGUUUUGGCUAGGACUGGAAAAAAUCUACAGGCUGACCAAUGUGACCAUUAACGAGCUGAGAGUGGACUUGGGGGACGCAGAGGGCAGUAAAACAUACGCUCAGUACGGGUACUUUGCAACAGCAGCGGAGUCCGACAAAUACCGUAUUAGUGUGGCUUCGUACUUUGGUACUGCUGGAGAUUCCUUCGUAGAGUGGCAUAACAACGCGGCAUUUUCAACCCAAGACAAAGACAAUGACCAGAAUGGAGAUGAGAACUGCGCUGCUAAGUUUAAAGGAGCGUGGUGGUUCACUGAUUGCUUUUCCUCACAUCUUAACGGCAAAUAUCUCAACGACAGUACCUCGUAUGGAGAAGGAAUUAUCUGGAGUGAAUGGAAGGGUCAUUAUUUGUCUUUAAAGCGAACAGAGAUGAAAAUAAAGCCACGAGGAUAACCUAAAUAAGUCUUCAAACAAUCCCCAACUACCAAAGGCAACCCAAAGACGACGGCUAUCAUCAGCGCGCUACCGCUUCAUCCCGCGCAACAAACACUCUUUUCGCGAUCGUCCUCAGCUUCGGCUUAUGCUGGAUCCCUUCUAUAUUGGUCGAAUAGCGCUUACGAGUUAAGCCAGAAAGUUUUGUUUUGUUUCAGAAAGGGUUUAUUAUCAUCUAAAGAUUUGUUUUAUUUCGUCGUUCUCUGGCGUGACAAGUGCAGUCAUUUCUGUGUUGAUUUUGACUCGAAUUUGCCACCUAAAAAUUCACGUGAUCUCUUAGCCCUUAUUGGUUGUCUCCGCUGUGCCCGGGGAAAUGGACGGCAAUGUUUUGUGAUGACGCUAUCCAAAAAGACAAAAUAUCAUUUCUCACGAUAGAAAUGUCUUUAGACUACUA